CAGAAUUCUACCAAGCUUCUUACAGGGCCUACAUCCAAAACACGAACAGUCAUGUGUCUGACGACUGCUAAUAGUCGCGUGCAAUGUUUCUGUUACUGUGGGAAUGGGGGGUAUGUCGAUAACGAAAGCUACUGUGUAGUUUAAUGAGAGUUACUGGUAGAUAGAAGAGGAUACACGUGAAAGAGGAUUUUAUUUUCACCAAUCUGGUCCCCUGAUGUACGGACAUUGUACGUUUAUUCAUCACAGCCAUGGAGAGAAAAGAAAAUCGAGGCUUGCUGUGUUUCUCACCACGCCGCAUCAGGCCCAUGAAAUGUAUCGUCAUAGGAAUUGUUCUGGUGAACGCCCUGCUCCUCGCUUUGUCCAUCGGCUGGAAGUCUGCGGACACGGUGUCUGGUUUUGAUGCCAUCCCCGGGGAGGGGCGCCUGUCUGUUGAUGCCACCAAACUUGCUGCCACUGAGACUCAGAGACCGGCCCUAAGAGUCCAGUACACAAAGACCCGACGGGUGAGUCCAGUGUCCCACACACACAGAGAAGAGAAUCAAAAGACAGCCUGUGGCUACAGAACCACGGCGUAUUUGUUUGAUCGGCCAGUUGUAUUAGACCAGCCGCCGUUUUUAGAACACACCAAACAGAUGAGUUGCUUCGAGCAAGGAAACAUCGCGGCAUUUGGGGGUCGUUUUGUUAUGUUCGUUAACGCUCUAGUUAACCCCGACAAGGUGGAGAACACAAGAAAAGGUGGGGAGAAGAUGGAGGAAGUUUGGGAUCAGAAAGAAGAAGACGAGUACUUCCGGCUCCUCCCCGGCUUCUUCCGUGUACCGUGCACGUCUAAACCUGUGAUUGAGUUUGAGCCACCCGACCACCUGGUCCACUGGAUGGAGAUGCUGGCCUGCUAUAAAACCAACGAGACCGACCUGCUGAGUUUCCCCAAAGUUUCCAGCGUCACCCUGGCCGUGCAGCGCUACGAGUACGUCAACCUUUACCACACCAUGACAGAUUUCUACAACGCCUUUGUCCUCAUGUUGAUCUUCGGCGUAGCGCCCUCGAAGCUCAACAUUCUGUUUGUUGACGCCCACCCUGUUGGCACCCUUGACGACGUGUGGUCGACACUUUUCGGGCGGUACAUCAGAGCCGGGCGGUUAGAAAGUCCAACUUUGUUUACAAAUCUUCUCUGGGCACAGCUUGGGUAUUUUAGUCCACUAAACGACCACAACAGUUUACAAGUUCCGUAUUUAAAUGAAUUCCGUGAAUUUUUCUUGAUCCAACAUAACAUCUCCACGUCCCACGUCAUCAACUGCAACCGUCUGAAUGUGGUGGUCAUCUGGCGACACGACUACGUGGCCCACCCACGCAACAAGCAGGGCACCGUCGUCCGGAAGUUUGAGAACGAGGAGGAAAUGAUCGAGUCCAUCAAGAAAACUCUGGGGCGGGGGUCGAAUGUUCGAGGCCUCCAGCUGGACGCCCUGCCCAUGAAGGAACAGCUUGAGAUCAUCGCGAGCUGCGACAUCCUUGUAGGCAUGCACGGGGCGGGUCUCUCACACAUCCUGUUUCUCCCCAGUACCAGCGGGGUCAUAGAGCUCAAGCCAAACUACUCGAACCCCGCCCUCAUACACUUUGAAGCGUUUGCACGCUGGAGAAAAAUCGUGUACUCAAUUUGGAUAAACAGCGAUCCCUUAAAUGAAAGAGAGUCUUUUAAAACCUAUAUACCUGGUGACGUGAUACAGCUAGAGGUCGAGAACAUUUAUUCCAAGAUUUGUAGAAACGUUCAUAACUAUAGAGACCAUUAGAAUUGUAGAGAUCAGUUGAAUUAUAUGAUCAUAAAAAUUGUAAGGGUCAUUUGAAUAAAUAAAACGGAAAUUAUUAGCAUAGCAAAUAAAGGGAUCAUUAGAAAAAUAAAUUUUGUAGGAAUUUUUAACUGAACAAAAUAGAACUUUAACUUACCAAUUAUAGGGAACAAAAACUUAACAAUGUUAGGGAACAAAAACGAAUCAACUAUCGUGAACACAAACUUAACAUCUAGGCGAAAGGAAACAUAAACAUUUUUAGGGAUUACAAACUUACCAAUGAUAGGGAACUAAAGCUCAUUCAAGAUUGCAGCAUAUGUGGUUGACUGCUGAAUUGUUAUAUGUUGAUUGUUUUAUCAGCUGAUUUAUGUUGUCAUGUGUACAAGAUGCCAGGUACACAAAUCUUUCAAGCAAAUGUCUGACAUACUAUCUGUAUUAUUUGACCACAGUAUAUAUAUAUAUAU